AUGGCAUCUGCCAAGACAAACAGCAACGGCAUCGCAAAAGAAGAUGCGGUCGUCGUUGAACCAAUCCAUAUAGAUCCUGAAGCAGUCAGGAAGGCCAAGGAGAACCGUGAUCGUCUCCAGAGUCAAGAUAGUGUAAAAAGUGGAGGAAGAAAUUACAACAAGGUGAUCUUUUAGUGAUUUUGUUUAAUUUUUAGGCCUUUUUGAUGUCAUGUGGCUAUUAAAGAAACAUAAUUAACGAAAGCCUAUGCCUAAUUUUAAAGAUGUUUCUAUUCAUGACUGAAUUCGCUGAUUUUAUUUUGUUUUUGUUCUUCAGAACCGUCGAUCAAGCCAAAAUUACCACCAAGGCUCGGUUGACAAGAACGGAGAUCACAAGAAUGCGAGUGAAAGAAGACAAUCUUAUAAUAAGAACAAGUUCAAUUCCCAAAGCAAGAGCAAUGACGGAAGAAGAAACUCAAGACAGAAGAGUCAUACCUUCUCCAAGGACAUAUCUGAAGAUGGCACUGUUUCUGCUGACGAAAAGAAGCGUCACACUUCAUCUACGAACGACGGUAGAUUCAGAAACAAGAGCUACUCGGUCAACUCGAACGGCGAAAGCUUUGACUUUGAUGACUGUAAGUUGUUAAUGAUGUAAUUGUUUAGUUUGUAAAAUGAUAAAAAUUUUAAAUACCUAAAGUCAAAAUUAGAAACUUAAAUUAUGAUUUUAGACGAAUUGGAAGAGCCGUUUUCUGAUUCGGAAGACGAAGAGAGCAAGGGACCUCAGAAGCCCUCUUUGAUCAUUCCUCGUGGCAGAAUCAGAACUCUUUCUGGCACAGUUCCACCAGUUGGUUUCUCUCCAAAAUGGGGAGGACCUACAAUGUGUUUGAGCUGUCUUCAGUUCUUCGACUUGCCUGAUUUCAUCGACAAGUUUUCCGACCAUUUGUUGACUGAACAUCAAAUUCUCAUCAAGGAGAUGGAUCUUAUUGUUGAUCCUAAACGGUAGGUUCAUUUUGUUACUCUAGAUGAUUUACUUGUUGUACCGUUUAAUUUUAUUGUUUUUUGUCAUAAAAUUUUAAUAUUUUAUGUUUUAGUUACGUUGAGCACUGGAGACAACGUUUUGCCAAGCAAAGCAUCGCCGAGAUCUUUCCCAAGAUCACGCCAAAAGAAGGAGAAGACUAUUUUGGCAAAGUGGACUAUUAUUUCCAAAUGUCCGAGACCAUCAAAGAGGACUACCAACUUCGUCAACGUUUGGCGAUGCGCCGUCUUGAGGAAGCUCUGUCCUGUCAACAGAGAGAAAGAGAUGACACCACGUUGACUCUGCCAUGUAUCUUCUGUAGAUACGUAGCCAGAGGUAACCGGUCUAAGAUCAUCCACCAUCUCUACAUGAUCCAUCACUUGAACCUGGGAUCUCCAGACAAUUUGGUAUUCGUCAACGAGUACAUUGAACAUCUGAGAGAGAAGAUGCAGAGAAAUGAAUGUAUUUUCUGUGAAAAGACAUUCCCGGAUCGCAACGUUCUCAUGGAACACAUGCGCAAGCGAAACCACCGUGAAGUUAACCCUACCAACAACUACUACGACAAGUUCUACAUUAUCAACUACUUAGUAGGUUUUGUUUUAACUUUUUUGCUCUUAUUCAUGGUUGUAAACUGUGCUAAGAACGAUUCGAGACAUUUUUGAGUAAAAGAGUAAAGUAUUAUGCUGAUCCAAUUAAAUUAUUAAUUUUUCGCUUCCAGGAACUUGGCAAACGUUGGUUGGAGGUAUUGGCCGAAGACUUCGAAGAUACGAUGCCAACUUUUGUCGAUUCUGACGACGAGGAGGAAGAAGAGAGCUGGCACGAAUGGCAAGAAGACAACACGGAUGAAGACCAAUUAAGAGUUGUUUGCUUGUUCUGUACAAACAACCAAGCCGACAUUCCAUCGAUCACCGAGCACAUGAAAGACAAACACGCCUUUCACAUUAUCAACUACAUUCAGGAAAACAAGCUCGACUUCUACGAGAGAGCUAAGCUGGUCAACUUUUUGAGAAAGAAGGUGGGUAUCGGUUAAUUUUCAGUGUUAUAACUUUUAAAUUUGUUUUUAUUGAAAAUUAACACCUUAUAGUAUACUUUCUUGAAAUAUUUUUAAAUCAUUUAUAUUUUUCAGUAUCACAACCCGCAAAACCGCCCAAUCUCUGCCGACAACGAGGACAAAGCUGAGGUCCCAGACAAGACCGAAUGGGCAGUUGAGGACAACCUGGUCCCAUACUUUGGAAAUGACCAUCUGGUCUGGAUGCUGGAGUCCUACCUUGAAGUGAAGGAAAAGAACGCUGAGGAACCGGAAUUGGAAGAUCCUGAAGCUGGUGACGCAAAGGACCUCAUCGAACAGUCGAAACAGAACACCGUGGAGGGCGUGGUGGCCGAGGACCUUCCCGACCUGGCCGAGAGCGUCUUGGCCAAAGACCAGUUCUACAAAACCCUGUCUUGA